GCGGCGCCGCCAGUGAGGCUGCGCUGAGGCUGCGGGGCCGGAUGGCCGAGCCGCCCGCCCCGCUCACUCGGGCGGCGGCCGGCGGCGGGCGAGGAGCCGGGGUGAGCCCUCCCUGCCGGGAGAGCCAGCCCUGCGGCAGGCAACGCCAUGGUCUCAUGGAUCAUCUCCAGGCUGGUGGUGCUUAUAUUUGGCACUCUUUACCCCGCGUAUUAUUCUUACAAAGCCGUGAAAUCAAAGGACAUCAAAGAAUAUGUCAAAUGGAUGAUGUACUGGAUCAUAUUCGCGCUCUUCACGACAGCAGAGACAUUCACGGAUAUCUUUCUUUGCUGGUUUCCAUUCUACUAUGAACUCAAAAUAGCUUUUGUAGCUUGGCUGCUGUCUCCAUAUACAAAAGGCUCCAGCCUUCUCUACAGGAAAUUUGUUCAUCCAACGCUGUCUUCAAAAGAAAAGGAGAUCGAUGACUGCCUCGUCCAGGCAAAAGACCGGAGCUACGAUGCCCUUGUGCACUUCGGGAAGCGCGGCCUGAACGUCGCAGCCACAGCAGCCGUCAUGGCAGCUUCAAAGGGACAGGGGGCCCUGUCGGAGAGACUAAGGAGCUUUAGCAUGCAGGACCUGUCAACGAUUCGUGGAGACAGCAGCAGCGCUGUCCCUCCUUCAGUCACUGUACGAACAAGUAGCAAACAGAGCCAGCCAAAAACAUCCCGAAGUGCAUCGGAAGGCACCGGCAGCUCAGGCACCGCCUAGGACCCUUAGACCUCGCUUCAGGAAGAAAAGUACCUCGUCCUCUGCCACUGAAACAAUGUGAGUGCAAUGAGCCAAUAGCACCAAGAUCCACAGAAUGUCUCUCUUCUGCCUUAAAGAGCUACUCGUUCAUAACAUAGGAAACAGCAGCGGGAUGGAUGUGCUUUGAUGUACAGCAUUGUAGACAUGGCCUUUCUCUCUCCUCUCCCUGUCUCCUGUUACACCCUGCUCGCGUUUGUCCGUGACGUGGGUAGGACGGUCUGGCAGACACCUGUGGGUUGAGAGUCCUGGUUUCAUUUGCAGAGUGUACGCUCGCUCACGCUGAUCCUGUAACACUGGACAUUUACCAUUCCCAUUUGUGUCUGCACAGCUCUAGCUCUGUGAAUGCAUAGCGGAAACGAAAAUAAUCAGUUACUCAUGAUGAUGCAUUGACAGUGUAUUUAUUUAUGGCUUUAUCAUUAAUGAAGUGGAUUUGCGGAAGCCAUGGAUUUCUCUUUCCUCCCUUCCUCCUCAAGACUGUGAAUGAUGUAACAAAUGUCAAAGUACUUUGACUGUACAAAAUGUGUAAGAUUCCUUAGCAAAAGCUGAGCUGCAACUCUAUUUCUCUUUCUGCAAGUAGAUCACAUGUAUUCUGAGAAAAUCAUUGUGCUAAAAAACACAGAGACAGAACCACUUACGGAGGACGAGGAAGAGAUGUGCAAGAGAAGAUAAAUGGUUUCAACCAUGUAAUGAAGGGGGAGUCUUAAAAUUUUGAUCAGCCUGAGCCAGGAGAGUAUUGUGUGGAAAACAACAGUGGCUAGAACUAGAUUGUAUCGCUUGUGGCAAAUGUUGUGCUGUCAGUUUUAAAGUGUGAGCAAGCCAGGCUUGUCCUAGCUGCAGUGAGAGAAGUUAAACUUACUGUAGUGACGCACUUCCAGGGGAAAACGCAUCUUUCUCCUGUGUCUGCAACGGCAUCAGUCCCAGCGCUCGGCUUUCCCGGUGACGUGCUGCUGGAUUAUUGCGCAAGCAGAGCAGGGCGCUGGGUCUGAGCUGCUUUCUGAAGCCUGGAGUUUGGUUAGAACCACAGGAACCGGAAGGAGCGGUGUAUUUGUAUCCCUAUAUAAAUGAGAAAUACAAAAGAAGAGGAAGACGUGGUAGGGUUUGUGUAUUUGUGCUUCAAGUUGGUGUCUCUUGUAAGUGUUGAGCAUGUGAGAUUCACGCAUAAGUUAAUUACGUGGCCCUUUGUGUUUGCUCUUGGACCUGUCACAUAGACUAGAAAAACGUUUAGCGUUACGUAGAACGUGCCGUCACUGAUUAUGAGCACAGGGAUGGUGGACAGCACCGUUAACCCAGCUCAGGUGCAGGAUGCCAACAGCCGGCUGGAGCCAUCGGGCUCAGAGAUAAAUCUGAAGUGGCCUUUGAAACCUUUUCCCUGCUGGAGAUGCAUCGAUGUCCCUGCUGUCCCUGUGAUGGAUCCCUGAGGCUUCCCCCAGAGCUUCCUACAUACGUGGGGAAGAGAGAAAUAACCUACGCGCACACACAAACGUUCAUCUGACCUGGCCGAGAAGUGGAAAAAGCAAAGCAGGUAUUUCCUGUGUCUGCCACAAUAUUUGGCCUCGUUACCUGAGAAUUUUAUUUCCUUUACAUGUGCUAAUUCAAUCAUGUUCUGCAAUGGGUAAGAAGGAAAAAGUCUUCAGAAAGUAAACAGAAAAAACCCAACAAACCUGUCUAAAUAGCAGUUAAAGAAGAGUCAGUCCUUGGAAACAUACUCAGCAGAAGCUUUGAGGAGCUAAGCUUGUGUGUUUUAUUUUUAAGUAGCUUUAGAGCUUAUUUGAUUUCUUUUGGCAAACAUUAAAAAGGAAUAGAAAAGCUGCCUGUAGUGUUAGCAGAAAAUAAAAUCCUGUUGCAAGCAAAGUUUCCCUGCUAUGCAAUGGGCUGCCAUAAAAUAAAAUAGCUGACAAGUUUGCACUCAAUUAUGCCAAAAACCCCAACAACAUAGAGCUACAUAACACCUGACAAAUUCUCAGACACGCUGUAUUAACGUUGAUUCUCAUUAAAACUAUUAAACGUGCGUCUAAUCUGCUGUUUUACUGUAAACUUGACUGUUUAGCAGUUUUUAAGUGCUGAGGCGAAAUUGUUGACAAGGGAGUUGCCUUAUAUCUCUCAAAACAUUCACUGUAUAAAGGAGAAAAAUAAACCUUUUCGUAUCUCUGGCAAAAAUGUAUUAAUUUAUCAACGGAGCUGUAUAUUUGUGUAUAGAUAGACAAGAAAUGUGAAUGCCCAACCACGUCCAUUAGUGCUGUCGUGUUCUGUACGCGGAAGAGAACGGUCGUUUGCUUUUGAUUCCUCAUCUUCCACACGCAGGUUGUUUACAGGGGCUGCCCCAAGUCUUGUCAUUUCAACUUUUUGGCUAUUUAUUUAGAAUUAAUACCAGGCAUGAAGAUUUUUGUUCCAGUUUUGAGCGUGUCUCUGGCAAGGAACAAGCCCGAUUCAGCGAGUCGCCUUCCUGCGCUGAUCCUGACCCCUCCUUGCAACCGAGAGGUUGUUUGGAGGACUUGAGCUGAUGGUUUAAACUGGCAAAAGAUCUGGAUUAAGUAAGAAGAGCCCAGUUACAGGGCUAUUUCAGGCUCUACAGGGCAGGCAGGCACCUCCUGGCGUCUCAGAGACAGUCGGGAGCACGUAACUAGAAAGGAACAGGCCAGCCCUGGAAAAUCUGGCUUUAAACCAGCACAAGGCUCAAGUGAAACCUGCAUUAUUUGAAACGAGUAAAAUUGAGGCUGAGGGGAAGGAAACUGCAGCUGAAGGUGCUCUGUGGAAAACAGGCUUGUCACUUACCUCACCCAUAAUUUCCAUAAUUACCAUAAACUCACCUCAGCUAUGAAGAGAAUAAGCGUGAGCGCCCAGCGCAUCCGCCAGGGUCAGCACAGCUGCAGCCACCACCUGCUGAAUCAGGAUCACAUCAAAUAGAGACAAGAGCGAUUUCGUGUCUGUUGCUGUCACCUCGGAAUUAAUCCCACGCUGAUCUAAAUUGUGUUAAGUACAAACCCAGCGCAGACAGAAAGAGAAUCGGGUUAUUUAUUCCUGUCAGAAGGGAGAAACCGCUCGGGGAGAGACGAUGCUCCUUCACCUCACGUAAACAACCUGCUGCCCCGACUGCUCUCAUUAGCAGUUCUCAUUAGCGAUGACCUGUGACUCGUUAAUCACACUCUCCUUUUUCACUCUUUGUUUCGGGUACCUGUUUUGCAUCUAGCACCGUAUUCGAAAUAGCGGAGGACACCGUGUUGGGAUUUGCGUUUAGACCAACUGUUUAAGGGUCGUAAUUGUGCACUUGGUGUGAUUUCUUUCCUGUGAUGGGUAGAAAAGACCUGCGAUGACAUGGUACAUUCAACACCUCGCGAGGAUGGCUGUUACACCAGGAUUCCAAAGGUUGACGUUUUGUUAUUCUGCUUGAUAUACAUCUUGAAUAAAGUCUUAAUCUUUUUUUUUUUCAAAAAAAAAAAAAAAAAGAAAAAAGAAAAUCAUCUUUAGUCUGUUCAAUGUAUCUGGCAGGCCAGAAUAAUUACUUUGAUGGCUGUAUUAUUUUUAUCUCAAUUCUGGCUGACUGUAUAUAGAUGUAUUCACUAAGUGCUGCAUGUCCUUCAGAACUUCUUUCUGUAUUAUGAACUGGAAAAACAAAUACAGCUACUGAACACUCUGA